GGAUAGCUACAUCUGUUUACAGAAAUAAAGAUUUUCAAUCAAUUUACACCAAAUGGGUCUCAAAAUAUCGGGAAAAUUAUUAGCUGUGUAUAAUUUCGAGAUAUUCAUUUCUAGGAGGAUGGGCCAAAGAAAAUGAACGAAAAAGAAAAAAGAAUAGUUCAACGUCUUCAUUACAAAUUAAUUACGAACAUACGGACAGAGGAAAUUGCGCCACUGUUAUACUCAAAAGAAGUUAUAAGUGGCAAUUUCUUAAGUGAUAUCCUCCAUAAAAGUACCCCCAACGCCGAGAAAAUGUCAGCUCUUUUGUUUGAGGUGUGUGAUCGUUGUUCAAUGCCGGACUUUGUUGAAUGCUUGGACGAAGCAGGAUAUGAUUUUUGGGGGACAGAAAUAAGGCUGUUGAUAGAAAAACCUGAUAGCUCUCUUCAGAUUCGAAAUUAUGCCAGACAGUCUACCUCUCAAAAUUCCUCUUUUGUGGAUAGUUUUGCAGAAAAAGUAAAGUUUAAGAUUCUUAAUGCAGAGGCACGAAACUUCAAGUGUGAUUUUAAACGCUGGGCCAAGCGGUUACUGUAUAGUCUGCGUCAUGGCCGACUCUCUUUAUCCGAGUCUCGUCUGCAAGCCGAUUGUUGCUUUAUACUGCUCGACUCUCUGGCUGUCAUUGAGAGAACUCACUCCUCAGACAAGGAUAAUCUCUGGAAAUCACCGGUGUUUCCCGAAAUGGAAUAUCUGAUAUCUAAAACUUCUAACCCUAUUUCAAGUAGAAUACGACAUCAUGCUCGAUACGGCGUCGCUCUUUUUCUUGGAGGUAAAGAUGACGAAGGAGAAGAAUAUAUUGAGGCAGCUCUGAAGGACGCCAAAACAUUUCUACAAUCAGGUCGUGACAUCGGAAACUGCAUAUUUGCACUGGUCAAUUUUAAAUUAAAUCAAUUCAGGAAAAGGAAUGCCAUGGAUGGUAAACAAAACAUUCUUAAUCUUAUAGAAGAUGGAAUUGGGUAUUUUCAGAACGAAGAUGAUGACACUAGAAAUAAUUGGCGAGGGGUGUAUCUUGACAAGAAAAUAUCUUGCCAUUUGGCUCUUGACCCUACAGGACGAGCUAUUACUAAUGUCCCGAUUUCGAACGAAGAUCUAAAGGUUGCCAAGGAAUGUCUCUGUGAAAUGGCCAAUCUGAGUAGGAAAGACAAACGAAGAAAAAUUCAUUUUUAUCGAGAACAAGCAUGUUUGUGCGAAAGAGAAUCAGAAUUUUGGAUUGCGAAAGGCUAUCUAUAUCAGGCUUUGGAAUUAUGUAAGGAGGGAGGAUAUGAAUCCGAAUUGCACAUUUUAGAACAAGAAUUAGGAGAGCAAAGCUCUAAUUUGACAAUCAAUGACAAUGUUACACCAUGCAUGACAGUAGAUUUGACGUGGGACGAUGGCUCCCAAAGUCCGGAGGAGGAUCAGAAUGGGGGUUGUUUAUCAGAGACUGCUGCUUCACAUGGCAUAUCAAACGCAUGUAUGUCAGAAAUAUCUCAUAAAUUAAAAAUCGAAAACAAUUCUUCAACAGAGAGUGAUCUAGUAAUGGAUGGGUAA